GAUGUCACAUCAUCAACAAUACGUGCAUUGAUUGUGAAAUUCACGUUUCUGAUUCUUGGUAACUGUAAUUCACUAAUUGUGUAAACUGCUACAAUAAAGUUCAUGAAAUAAAAUAACGUGCCAAGAAACAAAACAAGCAACAUAAUGAGUGAUGAUGACCAGGAACUUGACAUGGACAGUGAUGGGGAGGAUGGCUGGGAUGAUGGCAUGCAGGACAUGGCAGGGGGAACGGCUGUGAAACGAGCACACCAUAAUGCACUGGAGCGAAAAAGAAGAGUUCACAUCAAAGACAGCUUCCAUGGUUUAAGGGAUUCUAUCCCAGCCAUUCAGGGUGAUAAGGCAUCACGAGCUGUCAUCCUCACAAAGCUACAGAAUACAUUGAGACCGAAUGCGUAGCAGAAACAGCGGUC